AUGUCGGCGAAUGAAGAACUUCAAUGGACACGAAUUGAAACAAACGGUGCACGACCUGAAUCGCGUAGUGGUCAUAGUGCCGUUAUUUAUAAUAAUUCUAUGUAUAUAUUUGGUGGUUUAGGUAAACAUCGAUAUAAUGAUUUAUUUAAAUUUGAUUUUGAUACAUAUCAAUGGACAGAAAUUAAGCCUAAAGAUGAAUCAACAUUACCAACCAAACGUUUGAAACAUAGUGCUUGUAUUUAUGAUAAUAUGAUGUAUAUUUUUGGUGGAUGGGAUUCAUCAGGAAAAUUAAAUGAUAUGUAUAGAUAUAUAUUUGAUCGAAAUGAAUGGGAAAUUGUUCCAUGUUCAAAUUCACCACGUGCACGUAGUGCACAUUCAGUUGUUGUUUAUAAAAAUUCGAUGUAUCUAUUUGGUGGAAUUGGUGAUAAUAAAUUUAAUGAUAUGCAUCGUUUUUCAUUUAAAACAAAUCAAUGGUUUAUUGUUAAUCAAAUAAAUCCACCACCACGUCGAAGUUCAUAUGGUGGUGCACAUAUAUAUAAUGAUCAUCUUUAUAUUGUAUGCGGUUUAGGUUGUGGAAAAUUUAAUGAUUGUCAUUCAUUUAACUUUAAUACAUUAGAAUGGACAGAAUUAAAAUAUAGUGAUAGUUCUCGUGUUAUUCCAGCUAAACGUGGUCGUCAUAGUUGUAUUUUAUCGAAUGAAAAUCUUUAUAUGUUUGGAGGUUAUGUUGGUAUACAACGAAGUAAUGAAUUAUUUGUACUUAAUCUUCAAACACAUCAAUGGCAACAAUUAAAAUUACAAAAAAAUGUUCCAUCAGCACGAGAAGGACAUAGUGCAGUUUUAUAUAAUGGAUAUAUGUGGUUAUUUGGUGGAUGGCAUGAUAAUGGAUGGUAUAAUGAUAUUUAUACACUUGGAGUACUUUAA